AAGAUAUUGGAUAUUGAAAAGGUGGAUUUUUGAUUCCCCAGGGUCGAUUUGUUUUUGUGUACUCAAUCCAAGUCUGAUUGCGAGUAUUACUUAGUGGUCGACCAUAUGUGCUUACAGGCUUCUGAAAUACUGAACUUACUCCCUCUUCCCUUCAAAGGUUACUACUUGGCAAUAACAGUUAUCCAGUAAUAUCAAAUAGGAAAUCUCGGUAAACUAAGGACACUUUCCCGCCAACAACCAUCUGAAACAUUUUGAAUAAAGUUAUUAGUAACCAGCUUAGAUGGUAUCGGAGAAUUUCCUAGAUAUGUUCUCACUGCUUCCUAGACUUAUCGUGUUCGAUCUCGAUUUCACCCUGUGGCCACUGUGGUGUGACACACAUGUUUCUCCUCCUUUCACAAGAAAAAAUAACAGCGUGUACGAUGCUACAGAAAGACGAGUUAUUGUGUACUCGGAUGCGCAAGCAAUAUUAAGGAUGAUCAAUGAGUCCCCGAGAGUUAAACUAGCAUGUGCUUCGCGCACUUCUGCUAUCAAUGUCGCUCAACAACUUUUACAAGCUCUCAAUUGGUCGGAUUUAUUUGAUUACGCAGAAAUAUACCCUGGGUCUAAGAUCGCUCACUUUAGGAGAUUUCAUGAAUUAUCUGGCAUAGGCUAUGCAGAUAUGUUAUUUUUCGAUGAUGAAACUCGUAAUAUUAAUGAAAUUUCUAGACUAGGCGUACAGUGUCAUUUGGUUGAACAUGGGAUAACAUUAAAUCUUUUAGAAGAUGCUUUAAGAAAAUUUCAACGACAAAGAAAAAUUCAUGAAUAUAUUUAAAUUGACUGGAUUUGUAAAUGUAUUCAUUCCGUAGAAGGAAGAUUAUUUCUGUAAUAAAAUUGUUUUGGUUAUGUGUGUUUAUGAGAAGUACAUGUUUUAUUUUCA